UUCAGUUUGAUUUCAUUCUCAAGUCUUUCAGGUCUUCACUAACACGGUCUAGGAUCAUUUCUCUAGCUUCGCAAGAGCUUUGCUAGUUUGUAGUCGCGUUUUCCGUUAUCAAACGUAAGACUUAACAAACAGGCACAAAACGCAUCAUCGCACGCUGCCCACCCUGUUCAUGAAAUUUUUGACGACCUUCUGCUGACUUGAACCUCUUCCGACGCGUCUACCGAUGAACGCCCAUCAUGCCGUUGAGUGGCUACCAUCUUACCUUGUUCCAUUCGUUUCGCUUUCAUACCCAACUCCUCCACCCGUCAACCCCGACUCAUUUCACCAUUCCGCAUACUACAAGACUGGCGUACUAGAUGGCUGCUUCAUAAUAACUUGCAUUGCUGUCAUGGCUGUUCUGCGCGACGUAGUCCGCAUCUUCGUAUUGGAGCCUUUCGCUAGGUGGAAACUCACCCGCGCUUGGAAGCGUUCUAAUUCCUGCCACGUACAACAGAACGGCAACAAAAAUGGCAUCACAAAUGGAAAUGGACAUGCUGGGCAUGCCAAUAAUGAUUCCAAGCCAAAAGGCGUAAUGUCUGCGCGCGAAUCUCGCAAAAUUCAUCGCAGCGUUCUGAGGUUCGCAGAGCAAGGCUGGUCGGCCAUCUACUACACACUCCAAUGGUUAUUUGGCUUUUAUGUUCACCGAAACCUUCCUACUCAAGCCUUAAAACCGACGGAGUUGUGGUUGAAUUACCCCCAUAGUCCCCUUGCUGGACCUCUGAAGCUUUACUAUCUCACCCAGACCGCCUUCUACCUCCAUCAAAUACUCAUUCUCAAUGCCGAGGCUCGCAGGAAAGAUCAUGUGCAAAUGAUGACUCACCAUGUCCUCACCAUUUUCCUCAUGGUCAUGAGCUACUUCUGCAAUUUCACCCGUAUCGGAUGCCUCAUCAUGGUAUUGAUGGACUGGAAUGAUAUCUUUCUCCCAAUCGCCAAAAUGUUUCGGUACAUUGGUUUAUAUACCCUUUGCGAUAUCACUUUCACUUGGUUUCUUUUAUCAUGGUUUGUGGCACGUCACGUUCUAUUCGUGAUUGUCAUAAAGUCGGCCUGGUUCGAUGGCCCGCGGUUGAUCUCUGUGGGCUGGGUGCCAGAAUUGGGAUAUUAUUACUCUGAGAGGACUUAUAAUACCUUUGUCUAUUUGCUGGUGGCACUACAGAUCAUCCAAAUCGUCUGGUUCUGGAUGAUUUGUCGCGUCGCAUGGCGCGUGAUCAGCGGUCAAGGUGCCUCGGACGACCGCAGCGAUGACGAAAGCGAGGAAGACAAGAAGAAUCAAUGAUUUAGUACGUUGGACGCAUGGGCGCGGUAUUCUGUCAUCGAUGAUUUAAUUGCUACACGUCAGCCUUUGCAUAUCUAGACAUUUCUGGACUCAACUACCAUACAAUUCAACAUUUUGGAUACUUUUCCUUGUGAUGACUAAGAGCGCAAUGAGGAGGCGAAUUGCCUUAUUCGGUUAUCA